GACUCGACACAUUACUGUACCGCGAUCGUCCUCUAGUCUCCUCAGCAGACUAAUAAAUAGUCGAUGACGAAUCGAUUGGGGAAUGGUCGUACGUUGAAGGCGCUGACCAACUGGAUUCGAUUAUCGCCGCUGCCUGUUCAUCCCAACUUGAAUUCAUUGCAAAUUUCAAAGUUCAUUGGACGUCUACCCCGCUAGGCAUACCGGAGGAGUGGAAACCAAUGGGAAGUCCUAAUACGUGGAAUUUUCAAGAAUGGCUGCACUCAGCCGCUCUAAUGCCAUGGUUGCAGCCUAUCAAUCCACAUAUAGCCUGGCUUUCAAAAGAGCAGGUCGAGAUCACUCACGACGACCUUUCAUCAUUUGCCCCCGACUUUCUGCUCCGUGCGCCUCACUCGGCCAUUCGUCGAAAUGAAGGUGACUCACCAUUAUCCAAGAAUCCUUUGUAUGCCUUUCCAUUCUUCCUUGAGAUCAUCACAUAUCCAGGAGACGAGGAUAAUGCUGCAUUUGCGAUCCCAAGCUUUUUUCUAACAACCCCAGGCUGCGUGCUAACUCCUAAACUCCAAUUGGACUUUCCAUCGUCGCUUCAGGGAUCAAGUGCACCCUUAUUCGAAGCAUUUGGUCUCCUGAUGGAUUCUUUCAACCCUUCUCCCUCUCCUGUGGC